UCCGGUCCCAGAGACCUCACUUUACAUCUGCCCUGAAUGCCAUCCUCAGAUCAUACAAGUGUCGGUGGUACCAACGUUGGCCAGGGACAUUUCUGUUCUCCACAGUAUUUUUGUUAGCACAAGCAAAUCUCAGUGUUAACUGGUGCAUGUAUGUCAAAGACUCUGAAAUUUACAGUGAUGCUUAUAAUCUGAGCCCAGAAUAAACCCCACUGUAACUUGUUUUUCUUCCUAGUGUAUGUGAGCCUACAGCUUGUUUCAUCAUCUGCUUUUGAGGGGUCUCCAAAUGAAUCCUGCACUCUAAACCUGACAUUACGAAACUUCCGGCUAGUUUUAUCAUGGGAAUUAAAAAACAAAUCCAUCCCACCAACUCAUUAUACCUUUCAGUACACAAUCAUGAGCAAACCAGAAGCUGUGAAGGUUUUGGAGAACUGUACAAACAUCACGGAAUCAUCUUGUGACGUGACCGAUGAGUGGGGUGACAUGAAUGAGAACUAUGUUCCCAUCAUUGAGAUUUACAGAAGAGACUCUAUGAAGAGCCAUUGUGCAGACUCCAUCUUAGCCACAGACAUUACAGUGGAUCCGCCAGAGUUCGAGGUUGUCGGCUUUACGGACCACAUAAACGUGGUAGUGAAACUUCCACCUGUCACUCCGAAGAUAUACGGGGAGAGCAUAUGGAAAAUACUGGGUUACACCCCACUCGUCAUCAAAGAGCAGGCGGGGAAAAGCAUUAAGAUGCACAAGCCCAAAAUGAAUAACGCCACUGGGAACUUCACCUAUGUCCUUCGGGACUUACUUCCAAAGACAAACUACUGUGUAUCUGUUUACUUUGAAGCUGAGAACCCCAGUAAAGACCUGGAAGCCCCUCUAACGUCUCCCCUUAAAUGCACCCUCCUUCAGCCUGACCAGGAAUCAGGAUCGUCAGACUUUGCCAAAGUAGGAAUACUUAUUGGGUGUUUGAUAAUGGUGGUCUUCAUAAUCACCAUCAUGCUGAAACGGAUUGGUUAUAUAUGCUUAAAAAACAAUUUCCCCAAAGUCUUGAAUUUCCAUAACUUUAUAUCGUGGAUAUUCCCUGAACUGCCACCCUCAGAGGCAGUCGACAAGGUGGAGGUCAUUCCUACGAACAAAAAGAAGAAAGUGUGGAAUUACGAUUAUGGAGACGAAAGUGACAGCGACGAUGAAGUCCCCAGAGCAAGUGCCACUGGUUACACCAUGCAUGGACUCAUGGGCAAGCUUCUGAACCAGGCCUCUGACUCUUCCGCCAACCGCCAGGAGUCCCCCCUGGAGGAAGACUCCGCUGCUGAGGAAUCUGAUGCAGCUGCAGCAGAGGCUGGGGCCGAGCCGGAGCUCCGCACAGAGGCUGCGGUGGGGCCGGGCCUCAGGCCGUCAGAAGACCCGAGUGGCCCCUACGAGAGGAGAGAGAGUGUGCUCCAGGACUCCUUCCCCGGGGAUGACAGCAGCUCCGUGAAUGGGCCGGAGGACAAAGUUAUCUUCAACGUGAACUUAAACUCUGUGUUUUUGAGAGCUCUCCACGAUGACUCCAAAGAAGCCUCAGAGGUGCUAUCUCUUGCAGAAGACAUGGUCCACCUAGACGAGGGUCCCCACAGGACAGAGUCAGGCCUCCUGAUGGCCGGUGGGGACGGGACACAACUGCCCCAUCCCGGCUCCUCUUCCCAGAGCCUGUGGACUGAGGAAGAGUCAUCUGAAAAAACGGACACCUCAGACUCUGAUGCUGACACAGGGGAUGGCUACAUUAUGAGAUGACUCCAGAAGCAAUUCUCUAGCUCGAGCUGAGCACCUACAGGCUUCUCUUCACAGCCUGACUCGAUCGAUCCCUGGUGGCCUGCAGCUGUCUGGGAGGGACGAACUAGGGAACUGUAGAGCCCUCACGGUUCUUGCCUUCUCUCUGCAGAUCCCCAGUUUGGGGAAUCCAUAUUGUUUACAUGGGUCAUGAGCAUGCGCUGCUCAUCCCCUUUCCACUAAUGCACUAAGGGUGUUAUGUUUCCCAGGGAACAGUGUUCAGCGGGGCUUUCAGAGGCAGCCACGUCCUCUGGUUAUAUCUAGGAAAUGAUUACAUUGAAGAAGAGAAAAGGACAGAAAAGCUGGUCAAGCAGUGUUUAGCAGGGCUCAGGGAGUGAGCCUGAAGGCAGGCAAAAGGGAAGAGGAGGAAGGGCAUGCCAUCCAGGGGAAGAAGGAGGUGCACGCACAAAUCAGGUGCCACGGCCCAUUUCCUCCACUCAGAGACCGUCAUUCUCGCCCAUCCAUAAAACCCUCCACAGUAAAGUGGGCGUGGGAGAAGCCAUAUGAGUAAUUCUAGGAUCCGACAGGCGACUCAGAGAGAGAGGACACUGGCGUGGUGGAGGGUGAAGGGGCAAAAUCUCAGUGCCUACCGUAUUUUGAGGUUUUGGUUUUUGUUUUUAAAGAGCAAAAGCGAGCAUUUCAAGGUCUUCAGAAUAAACAGAGGAUACGAGCCUUCUAGUCCCACUUCACAAUUUUUAAAACGAUCUUUGUACAGAUUUGGAUCACACUCGCUGUGAGUCUGGGAGAGGAAAGUUCUCAGGUGUCACAGAAGGGGAGCCAGACAUCUGACGGUUAACGGGUGACUUUGGGGUUCUUGUACGGUUUUUAUUUAUUGAUACUCGAUGACCCUUCGAUCUUCCACGUCUCUAUCACUGUGAUUACAGGAGUGCAUUGUCAUAAGAUUGGACCCAGGGCUUCACACCUGCCAGGCAAGCACUCCACCAGCCCCCUGGUAUUUUCUCACCUCUUUGAGCUUCAGUUACCUCGUUUAUGAAAUAAAAGGAGUGGGUCCAGUCAUCUGCACCACCCUAGAGGCCUGGGACCAAUGCUAGAAAGGGGGAUAAAGACCCACGUGGAGGUGCUGAGCCCCAGAGGCACCCGGGAUGGAUGAGGGGCAUAGGACCCUCCCAUCUUGCUCCUCUCCCCAAAAGCCAGUUUCUCACACCUUUCUUCUAUUCAGAAAGGGAAAGCUACAUGGGUCCUGCCUCAGAGGUUUCUGGUGGGUUCUUCACGUAACUCCUCCAGAGCAAUUCAGAAGGCCUCUGAGGAAGAGACCUAAUAAAACCCCACAGGAAAGAGACCCUACACAAGCCAUCUCUCUGCCCUCCGAAUUCAUCGAUCAUCUAUCCAGGCUCA